AAAACUAUCCUUAUGUACCAAUUUAAAUUGUAAAGUGCAACACGUAGCUUUAAACAUUUUGUGAUAUUUCCAAAAAUUUAAAUGUUUCAAGUUUGACAUACCAAGUUCGUGGCGACAAAACAAAUGAGAAACAAUUAUUUUAAAAUGAUAAAAUGUUAUUAGUAAUGUGAUUUAAUCCGUAAGAAAUGAGUGUAACUGCUAGUUCAUGGAGAUUUGGUAUAAAGGCUUCGAGAGUUCCACGAUAUUAUUACAGAAGAUUGGCGUUAGGAGACUGCGAAAGUUAUGGAGGCGAUGUGCAGGAAAUGGAGUUGGUAGAUAAGAAUCGCCGUAAUCACAAAGGAUGGAUGCUCCUUGGCGGCUUUGCCCUUUUGGUUCUGGGCGCUGUCAUCCUGGUGACCGUACUGAUGAGCACACCUCCAGUUCCGAGAUAUCCUCCACCAAAACCGGCCCUUCGGCUCCAUGACUUCUUGUCAGGAAGGAUGAAUCCUGAAAGAUUCAAUGCUACGUGGAUAAGUGAUACCGAGAUUUUAUAUCGGCUAGGGUCUAGCCUAGAUGAUCUUGAAGAUGACGAAAGAGGCCACGAAAAUAGCCCUGAAACUGAAGAUCCAGGAGAGGGUGAUAUAUAUGUAUAUGACGUUGAGACUAAAACUAGGCAUUUGCUUGUACAUGGGAACGCUUCGCCAGCCAUGCAAACGUCAUUUCUUCACGAGCUUUCGCCUGAUAGAAAAUACAUGCUGAUUGGGUCCAAUUAUCGCAAGGUGUACCGUCACUCUUUUCUAGCUCAUUACACUAUUCGAUCCCUAGAGGCGACAAAUGGCCCUCCAGAGCGUCCUAUAGGUGUCAUCGGGGACGAUAGACUGGAGGUCGCUACUUGGGGCUCGCGUGGGUCCCAAUUGGCCUUCGUUUUAAAUGGAGACCUGUAUUACAAAGCUAGUGCGGCUACACCGCCAAUUCGUCUCACUGACACUGGAAGGCCCGGACUUAUUUACAACGGUGCUCCAGAUUGGGUCUACGAAGAAGAGGUACUUGCUUCAAAUAAGGCUUUCUGGUUCUCACCACAAGGGAAUUUCUUAGCUUUUGCCAGUUUUAAUGACACGAAUGUUCGUAGUGUUGAUAUACCCUAUUAUGGACCACCUGGACAUCCUGAAACGCAGUAUCCAGCUCAUCAUGUUGUCAGAUAUCCUAAAUGUGGUACAAAUAAUCCUGUUGUAUCUUUAUACAUCGCCGACUUCCGAGAUCUCCUACCAAAGUACCUGAACAUACAACCACCAUCUGCGGUCGGAAACUUUUUUAAGCCUCUUUCCGAACCAGUGCUCGCCACGGUCACUUGGCUGAAUGAAGAAUCACUUAUAACAGUGUGGAUGAACCGUGUCCAAAAUUUGGCAUUGAUCGAACUAUGUCAAGUUCCCAAUAAAUCUGCUACAAACGCAACUACGGCUGAAUGCAAAACGAUUCACCGUGAGGAAUCCAAGACCGGCUGGGUAGAUUUAUUCACAGAGCCUACAGUAAAUAAAAAUGGAUCACAUUUCGCAUUUAUUGCAUCCUUCCAGCAAGAAAAUGGUGUUUCAUUCAGGCAUAUUGCGGUUGUAGAUGCAGCGAAUGGACAUGUGACGGCGCGUACUAAAGGAACUUAUACUGUCAUUGAAAUUUUGAAAUGGGAUUCUAAUGAUGAAAUUUUCUAUGAAGCGACUAGUGCUACUGACCCAGGAGUUAAACAUAUUUAUCGUGUCAAUGCAGAUGGUAUAAGUUCUUGUUUCAGUUGUACUGCCUUACCAGAAGAAGAACGUGGACAAUAUCAUAGCGCAGAAAUAAGUAAGGAUGGAUCCUUUGUCAGCUUAACGACAUCCGGACCGGAGCCAAUACGCGUUGAUAUUUUAUCUAAGAAUGGUGAGCAUAUAAUAACUUGGGAAGAAAACAAAAUACUGCGCCAUUUUUUGAAAGAACAUAGGACAGCAACCCACGAACGAAUGAGUGUUCGCAUACCAGGCACGGAAUAUGAUGCCCAGGUUGGCUUAGUUUUGCCACCUAAUGUGGAUAAGAGUGGUUCCAAGAAGUAUCCAGUUGUUGUUAGUGUUUAUGCCGGUCCAGAUACAAUACAAGUAUCUGAUAAAUGGAGUGCUGAAUGGGGCGCCUAUCUAGCAAGUAAUCGUAGUAUGGUCUAUGUUUCGAUUGAUGGUCGAGGAUCGGGGCUUAAAGGCGAUGCUAUCGCCCAAGCUAAUUACAGACGUCUUGGCACUGAUGAAAUAUACGAUCAAAUUAACGUCACAAGGGAACUUCUUCAAACUCUGCCGUAUUUGGAUAAGAAACGUGUUGCAAUCUGGGGUUGGAGUUAUGGAGGCUAUGCUACAUUAGCUGCAUUGUCGUUUGAUGUUCAAAAUGUCUUUAAAUGUGGAAUGGCAGUCGCUCCUGUUACAGAUUGGGCAUUGUAUGAUUCGAUUUACACUGAGCGUUAUAUGGGCUUACCGACAGUAAAUGAUAAUGGGAAAGGCUAUCAUGAUGCUGCUCUAACAUCACCAGAACGAGUAGAGGCAUUUAGAAAUAAGAAGAUGCUUUUGGUCCAUGGAAGUUUUGACGACAAUGUGCAUUAUCAACAGAGCAUGCGAUUUUCAAGGUCCUUGGAGCUGAACGAUAUUUCCUUUGAAGAAAUGAGUUAUGCUGAUGAAGACCAUAGUCUAUCUAGCGUGCGACCCCAUCUCUUUCAUACUUUAGAGAGAUUUUUAGAUGAUUGUCUUAAAAAGAAUAGCUAAAAGAACUGUUAAUGUAUUAAAUGUUUAAAUUACAAUAUAUAUUAGAUUUAUUUCGAAAGUUCUUGAAUGCAACAGUGAAUGAAUGAAGAUUUUUUUUUAACACUGGCCAUGCGGGCAUACUUCGCCGCCGAAUUACGGCGGUGUCGCAAAGCCGGCGUAAAUGCAAAUCAUGAAUAUUAUAAGAAUAUCUAUUUUUUUGACCAGCC